CAGCUUGUUUCGCUCCGAGCAGCAGGAUAGCAUUUUUCGGAGCGAAAAAAUGUCUCUGGUGCAAAUGUUUUUGCAGCAGGAGGCUGCCUAUGAGACCAUAGCCCAGCUGGGUGAGGUGGGCUGUGUGCAGUUUCGAGAUAUGAACGAGGAGGUGAAUGCCCAGCAGAGAAGUUUUAUCAAUGAGGUGCGUCGCUGUGAUGAAAUGGAACGCAUUAUACGCUACGUAACUACUGAGUUGGUAAAGGAUGGGCAUAAUGUCGUCAACCUGAUUGACGAUUAUCCACCAGCGCCAAUGCCUAGGGAGAUUAUAGAGCUGGAAUCGCACUUGGAGAAGACAGAGACCGAAAUUAAAGAGCUAGCCAUCAAUAAUGUCAAUCUGCAGGUCAACUAUCUGGAGCUAAUGGAAAUGAUUCAAGUGUUGGAGAAGACGGAGCAAUUCUUUUCCGAUCAGGAGGGGCACAACUUCGAUGUGAACCGUCAUGGUACACACAAGGAUCCGGCCAAGAAUCCCGGCCAGCUGGGCUUUAUAGCUGGUGUCAUUAGGCGCGAGCGCGAAUAUGCCUUUGAGCGCAUGCUCUGGCGUAUCUCGCACGGCAAUGUUUUGGUGCGACGCUGCGAUCUAGAUGCACCGGUCAAGGAUCCACGCACCGGCAAUAUCGUCCACAAGAGCAUUUUCGUCGUCUUCUUUCAGGGCGAUCAGUUGCAGGCACGCAUUCGCAAGGUAUGUACCGGAUUCCAUGCUUCCAUGUAUACCUGUCCCAGCUCGCACGAGGAACGCGUCCAAAUGGUCAAGGGAGUGCGUACACGCCUGGAGGACCUCAAGGUGAUCAUCAGUCAGACCGAGGAUCAUCGCAACUGCGUGCUGGGCGCAGUUCUGAAACAAUUGCCCUCUUGGAUCGUGAUGGUGAAGAAAAUGAAGGCCAUCUAUCACACCCUCAAUAUGUUCAACGUGGAUUUGGGCAAUAAGUGUCUAAUUGGUGAGGGUUGGGUUCCCAAGCGGGAGCUGGAACAAGUACAGACUGCCCUUGCCGAAGGCUCGGCAUCUGUGGGCAGCACAGUGCCCUCGUUCAUUAAUGUGUUGGACACUAAGAAGGAUCCGCCGACAUAUUUCCGCACCAACAAGUUUACGCGCGGCUUUCAGAACCUUAUCGAUGCGUAUGGAAUUGCUUCAUAUCGCGAGGUUAAUCCAGGUCUGUAUACCUGCAUCACCUUUCCCUUCCUGUUUGCUGUCAUGUUUGGCGACAUGGGACACGGCUUCAUUCUCUUUUUGCUGGGCUUGUGGAUGGUCGUCGAUGAGAAGCGUCUGUCCAAAACUCGCGGCGGAGAGAUCUGGAAUAUUUUCUUCACUGGUCGCUAUAUCAUUCUGUUGAUGGGCAUUUUUGCGGUCUACACGGGUUUCCACUACAACGAUAUGUUCUCGAAGUCAAUCAAUGUGUUUGGAUCCCAUUGGGUUGUGCAAUAUAAUCGCACAACGGUCCUGACUAAUCCCACGCUGACGCUCAAUCCCUCGACCGAUACACGUGGUGUCUAUCCCAUGGGACUGGAUCCUGUCUGGCAAUCGGCCAGUAACAAGAUCGUGUUCCUCAAUACCUAUAAAAUGAAGCUGUCGAUCAUCUUUGGUGUGCUGCACAUGGUUUUCGGUAUUUGUCUAUCCGUGGAGAACUUUGUGUACUUCAAGCAGAAGGCGUACAUUUUUCUGCAGUUUGUGCCACAGAUCCUGUUUCUGCUGCUUAUGUUCGGCUAUAUGGUCUUUAUGAUGUUCUACAAGUGGGUGGUGUACAGUCCAACAACGGAUGUUCAAGCCAACUCCCCCGGCUGUGCGCCUUCCGUUCUGAUCAUGUUUAUCGAUAUGGUGCUGUUUAAAUCGGAAGUUCCACUGGCAGGCUGCGAUGCUCUAAUGUUUCCCGCACAGAAAGAAUUGGAACUUGUGUUCUUUAUGGUAGCGAUCGUCUGCAUACCCUGGAUCCUAAUUGGAAAGCCUUUAUAUAUCAUGUGCAAGCGCAAAAGCAAGAACAAAUGUGUGGAUGAGGAUAAUAUUAUAGAGAAGAUUGAAGUAACCAAAAACGAAGUAGUCAUUACCGAGGUCGCCGAGUCCCAUGAGAAAGGUGGCCAUCACGAAGAGGACGAUGAGCCGAUGAGCGAUGUUUGGAUACAUCAGGCCAUACACACCAUUGAAUAUAUAUUGAGUACUAUUUCUCACACAGCUUCCUAUUUGCGUCUGUGGGCCUUGUCCCUGGCUCAUGCCCAGCUGUCUGAGGUCUUGUGGACCAUGGUACUAUCAGAGGGUCUGCAAAUAGGCGGCUAUUAUGGUGUCAUAGCUGUGUUCAUCAUUUUUGCCAUUUGGGUGUUCUUCACCCUGGCCAUUAUGGUCAUGAUGGAGGGUCUUUCGGCCUUUCUCCACACGCUCCGCUUACACUGGGUCGAGUUUAUGAGCAAAUUCUAUACGGGAGCUGGCUAUCCAUUCCAACCGUUCAACUUCAAGGCCAUUCUGUUGGAAGAAGACGAAUAAUUGCGGCAAAGUUUUAAGUUCUAUUAAUAAAAGCAUGCCAAACUA